GCAGAGCAGUAGUCCCACGUUUUGCUUAUAAAACGAUAGGUGUUGUCACAUGACAGCCCCUAUAUCUUCUUCAUUUCUUCUUCUUCCCCAUUUCACAAACCUUUCUGCUUUCAAUAAACGCAAACCACACUUACAACAAUGACUACCUCAAAACGCCUUGCGGGAAGGAAGGUUGCAAGGUUUCAAAGGAACAUCACAAAGAGGGGAUCUGUGGAAAGCUCAGCAAAGAAAGAAAAUGGAUACCCUGUUGGCCCAAUUCUUCUAGGCUUCUUUGUGUUUGUGGUCGCUGGGUCAUCUCUUUUUCAGAUCAUUAGGACUGCUACCAGCAAAAGCAUGGCCUGAGCAGAGGAGUUGAUCGGAUGAAUAAGACAGCCGUUGUUACAGAGUCGUGUUCGUUCAAUAAAUAACAAUGUUGUACAACUGAUGUUUGUUAGACAUCUCGGUUUGGUUUCAAUAAAUCAUUAUGACAUCUUGUUGGUAAUGAAGAA